AUGCAUGCUCCAACACAACUGCUGCCUCCCCUCGCGGUGGAGAAGCCGGGAAGCAGCACGGAGUCUAAGCUCGAUCUCCUCCUGUCGCGUGUUGAGGAAUCGCAUUGCCUGCAGCUUGAGAUGUUUGGGAUGCUCCAAAAGAUCGGGAUUGAGAUCGGAUCUCACAGCCACGAGUCCUCGAAUCCUCGCACAGCACGCAGGGUCACCGAGAGGUCAGCUCAACGAUCCGAGCCCCGGCAUUCCUUCCUCAGCAGCGAGAUGACCAACUCGAGGCCUCCGAGCAUGAAGAAGAUGGAGGACGCUUUAUUCCGGGAGCUUGGCGGUCUGCUCGAAAGCUCCGCAGCGCUGGGUCCGCUGGCUCGCUCAUCCGGGGCGUGCCGGUCAUCGGGGGUGGGCCGGUCCACUGUGCUGAGCGCGGCAGAUCAUGGGGGUAUGAACUUCCACGAGGAUGAAAACGAGAUCUGUCUACCCGGGCGACUCCCAGCAGAGGCUAAGGCCAGCUUGGCCGUGUCCGCGACGCGACUUCAGUCCAUGAACCGCCAGUCCCAGGCUUUCAUCCUCUCCAAAAUGGCCAAGAUCGAUGAGAGCAGAACUAAGUCUUCCCCCCGCUCUUUGCAGCUCGAUCGCACAGAUCGCCUCAUGGGCUCGAAUCUCCUCCUGAGCCGGCCCUGGCUGCUCCGAUCCCUGGUGGCCUUCGCCUGCUUCAGCCAGAUCGCCACCAUCAUUGCCCUCAAGAUCGUGGGGAAGGGCCAGUUGCAAGGCCAUGGCUUCACGCUGCUCUCCUCUCUGCUCUAUGCCGCGGCCGCUGGCGGCUCGCUGCAGCUCUUGGGCCGCGCCAACCGCUCCCCCGACCUCGAGCUGGCCAUCACCCGACUGCAUUCCUUUGUGGCAGAUUUUACGCUGCGCUGGAAUGACGUUUCGGGCAAGGAGUGGCGCAAGUUCCUUGCUGGUUGGCUGGUGCUCGUCGUGGUCUUCUCGGCCACGCAGGGAUUCGAAGCAUGGCUCCUGAGCAGGGACCUCAUGGCUGAGGACUCCUUGACGCAAGCACUGUCCUACGCAGUCGCCGCCUUAUCGGCCCUGAGCCUCUGUGUGUCCGGCGGCGUGGUGACCCUCACAGGCUACAUGCAGUCUCAUGUGAUGAUCGGCCUGCACAAGAGUCUCGACUGCUGGUGCUGCGACAUUGCCAACAACCAGGACUUCGAAGCCGGCGUACAGAAUUGGAAUGGCAUGCAGGCGUUACUGAAGUGUGUGGCCCGGGAGUUGGCCAACAGCUUCCUGCUGCUGCAUACACUGGCUGUGGUCGGCUUCGCGUGCUUCCUCACGGGCUGCGCGACCAUCGCGGCAAAGCUUAUAACUCAUGGCAAGCUUCAAGAUCGACUCAGGGUUCUUUGGAGGUUGGGAUGUUUAUCCUUGUUUUGA